AUGAUGUUCACCAAGGCUCUUGUUGCUGCUACCCUUGCCACCCUCACCGCGGCUCUCCCUCAGCCCACCGUUGUCCGUCGAGACGGCGGCGGCGCCGGUGUCACCAUCGUCAACCACAUGGACUCUGACGUCUACGCGUGGUCCGUCACCAACGGUGUCAGCAACAUGCAUACCCUCACUGCGGGCGGUGGCUCUUUCACCGAGAGCUGGCAGAGCAACCCCAACGGCGGCGGUGUCUCGAUCAAGCUUUCCACCAGCCAGGACCAGACCGACGUCCUGCAAUUCGAGUACACCGAGUCCGGUGAGACCCUCUUCUGGGACAUGUCGUGCAUCGACAUGGAUCGUGCCGCCUCCACCUUCACGAAGCACGGUUUCGAUGUCGCCCCCAGCCAAACCUCCACCGACUGCCCCGCCGUCAACUGCCAUGCAGGUGACACCUCUUGCGCUGAGGCCUACCUUCAGCCCAAGGACGACCACGCCACCCACGGCUGCCCCAUUGACACCAGCUUUGUCCUGACUCUCGGCGCGUAA